AUGGCGGCGGCGAGGAGGGCCGGCCCCGCGGGCCGCCAGGUGGUGCCGGGGUUGGCGCUGGGCGUCGUGCUGGCCGCCCUGGCCUCGAGGUCUGUGGACCUCCCCGAUGGCACCGCGCUCCAGGCUGAUAGCCGUUCGAGCUUGGCGGUGGCGAUGCGCUCUGGGUCGGCGUCGGCGUUCUUCAACAACGACCGCGUCAAGUUGAUGCGCAAGGAGCGCCUGCAAAAGGAGGCGAUGUUCCGAGUGGCAGAAUCGAAACCGAGGAACGAGGGCAGGUUCCACAAGCCCAUGGACUGGGACAAGCUGCCCCCGACCGACGACAUCUACGCCCGCAAGUUCACCGGGAACGCGGAUCAGGACCCAAUCGGUGGGCGCAAGCGGUACACCCUCUACGUUCUGUACAAGUACGAUCCUAGUAGGCCCGGUCAGAAGGCGUUCGAGGAGUCGAGGGAGAAGUUCCUGAAAUUCUUGAAGUUCAAGAUGUCAUGUUUCAACAUCCUGGGCACGGUGACCAAGAGCCCCAUCGACGGGGCCUCAAGGAUCAAGCUCGAGUACCCCAUGAAGGAGUACGGCGACAAGGUUCGCCAGGGCGGCACGCUGAAGGCCAAGGCCAUCUAUGACACCGCCGUUAUGAUGACCUGGUCCUUCGCCGCUCCCCCCUCGACCAUCUCGUACAUUAAACAGCAGAUCUACAGCGACAACGCGGUCCUCAGGCACAUGAUCAUAAAGAACACCAGGAACUUCAAUCACGUCGGCGAGGACAACGAGGGGCAUAUGUGA